UUUUAUAAUAAAUUAAUAGGUACAUUUCCAUUAAUAACAAUGCCUAAGAAGAAAAUAAUUCAUCAUGAUGAACCUGUAUCUGUGAGACCUCAUAGAAAUAUGAAAGCCAAAGUAGUGUUUGAUCCAUCUGAUAAUCAUAUACCAAAGAAGAGAGCUAAAUAUUCUUUUAAAAAUGAAAAACUUACAGAAGCUAGUACUGUAAAAAAAACUACAAAUGUUAGAACUCGUGUUAAAAAAAGAAAAAGAGUUACCACAAAAUCAAAAAUUCUUCCGGUAACCGAAUCAUUAGAUGAUUUGCCAACUGAAAACAAUACUAAAUCUCCAAUAGUUUCACCUACAAAUUCUCCAGUAAAAAAAAUUGUUCUUGCUGAAGAUCCUCCAGCUAGCUGUUUUAUUUGUUUAACAAUUUCAGGAAAGUCAGAAUUGAUUGACUGUGCAAUUUGUUCGAUCAGAGCUCAUAGACAUUGUUUAAUAGUUAAUGAGCCCAUGUGGAAAUUCAAAUUAGAUUUAGGCCCUUGGCUCUGUAAAGAAUGCAGAAAACAAAAUUGUAGCAAAUGUCUCAAAGAUGAUUCCCGGUCGAAGAUACAGCGUCGCUGCAUAACUUGUGAAGUUGGUUUACAUUCCAUUUGUUAUGAAUCGUGUGAUAUUAAACCAUUACAUAAAUUAGAAACUGACAUGUAUGUAUGUAUCCCUUGCAUGACUUUGGCAACUCAAAUAAACCCGGAAGAAGAAGAAGAAGUAGUUGAAACAGUUGAACCAGUUGAAGUAGUUAAAGCAGCUGAACCAGUUGAACCAGUAAAUGAUAUUAUUAAAGAUGACGUCAAGUCACAUACCUCAAGUGUUGUGUCUAUAUCAUCUGACGAAUAUGACACAGAUUCAAAAAGUAAUAGAUCUUAUAGUUGUUCAUCGGACUAUGAAAAAUAUGAUGCAUAUCAAAAUAAUAAUAUCCCAAAUAUAACAAAAUGGAACAAAGAUCAAGUGUUUAAAUAUUUAGCAGAUCUUUUACCCCAAGAAAUUAUUGAUCAAAUAAUUAAAUAUGAUCUUGAUGGACGUGCUAUACAAUUACUUCAACGGAAUGAUAUUGUAUUUAACAUGGGUUUGAAACUUGGACACGCCAUGAAAUUUUACAAACAAGUGCGAAUUUUACAAUCGCAAAGUACAUUUAGUCGCAUAUUUUGGGAAUAAUCAUUAUUACACCUAACAUCCACUUAUCAUUGAAUGAUAUAAUAUUUUAUUCUUGUUUUUUUUUUUUAUAAAAUAUAAUUAUUGUAGGUUAUAGUAGCCGUCCUUCAUAAAUGUUUGAAACAUAAUUGCAAUUAGAUAUUAUACAAAAUACUCUGUGAUUACCAAUAGAGAUAUAUACUUGUUUAGCUAAUUUUAUAUAAAAAUCCAUAAUUGUAAAUAUUUUAGUUUUGGCUUCAUAAAUGUUUAUACUGUGUGAUAUAAAGAAUGAUGAAAACAUCCUAAAGUAUAUACUAUAGUGGCCAUGGCUCGACUAUGUACAUAAUCAUUGUACCAUGUUUCAUAAACUAAAAAAAAAACCUAUAAUAAUAGUUCACCAUAGGUACACCAAAAUAUGUAAUUAACAAUAAUAUACUACUACCUAUAUUAACACGUUGACUGCGUACUGACGCCAAUUGGCGUCAUAAGUAUCAUUCAGCAACGCGUUUGACGCCAAAUGGCGUCUAAUAUAGAUUUAAAAUAAAUGGUUUAAAAUUCCAUACGUGGCUGAAUAUUAUUUUAUAAUUAUUUAGCGCGGAUUAAACGCAUGUUUUUUAAGAUGUAUACAUACGUCGUUAUGAGCAGUUUCUUUAUUUUUUUUAAAUUUAUUUUGUUUUUACUUUUAUCAUACGCACUUGGUGAAAACAGCAAAAAGACAUACGCAGUCUACGUGUUAAAUAAUAAUACUACCUACAUUCUACAACCUUCUUGUAUUUAUAAUAAUUAGUAUUAUCCAUGGACCAUGUUAAUGGUCCUUCAUAUAAUAUAUGGAAUAUUAAUAAUGGUAUAUUUUAUAGGCAUAUAAUGUGCAUUUAUAUAUAUAAACAUUUUUAAAACUAGCAUCAUUGUAACUGUGUUAUAUUAUUUACUUGUACAUUAAUACAUUUUCAGUGUUUGAAUUGAAAGUACACAAACGGGUUGGAGACCCUCUUCUUUUUAAAAAUAUUUAUAUGUACCCCUUCUAAUUAUAUUUUAAUCAAUAAGACAUUUUAAACCUUUACAACUACAUAAUUUUUUCUCUAUUCAAGCACUGCACAUUGUUGAAUGCUGUAUUGCCUGUUUUUUGUAUUACAUUUUUUGUACGUUUGUAGUCUGUACCUUAUAGUUAUUCUCAUUAUUGUAAUAUUAUUUAUUUAUGUAUAAAAAAAAUAUGUAAGAGUAAUAAACUAAAUGUUUAAGUC